GGUAACUGCGCGGUGCACGUGUGUUCGUUCACGUUUAGAUCGCCUUGCUGUAGCGAUGGACGCUUUGGAUCGGGUUGUAAAACCCAAAACGAAAAGAGCCAAGAGAUUCCUUGAGAAGAGAGAGCCGAAGCUCAGUGAAAAUGUUAAAAAUGCCAUGCUUAUUAAAGGGGGAAAUGCAAACUCAACGGUGACACAAGUGCUCAGGGAUGUGUAUGCACUGAAAAAACCAUAUGGAGUCCUGUAUAAAAAGAAAAAUAUUACAAGACCAUUUGAGGAUCAGACAUCAUUGGAAUUCUUUUCAAAGAAGUCAGAUUGUUCUUUAUUUAUGUUUGGCUCCCAUAAUAAGAAGCGGCCAAAUAAUCUAGUAAUAGGUCGUAUGUAUGACUACCAUGUGCUGGAUAUGAUUGAAUUAGGUAUUGAGAAGUUUGUCUCUCUAAAAGAUAUUAAGAAUAGUAAAUGCCCCGAGGGAACAAAACCCAUGUUAAUAUUUGCCGGUAAUGAUUUUGAUGUAACAGAAGACUACAGAAGGCUAAAAAGUCUUCUUACUGAUUUUUUCAGAGGCCCCACGGUAUCAAAUAUCCGCCUGGCUGGUUUAGAGUAUGUCUUGCACUUCACUGCACUGAAUGGGAAGAUUUAUUUUCGAAGCUAUAAGCUGCUGCUGAAAAAAUCUGGCUGUCGGACACCACGGAUUGAAUUAGAAGAGAUGGGACCCUCACUGGAUCUGGUUCUGAGGAGGACACAUCUGGCAUCAGAUGACCUUUAUAAGUUAUCCAUGAAAAUGCCAAAAGCCCUAAAGCCAAAGAAGAAGAAAAAUAUCUCCCAUGAUACCUUUGGUACAACUUACGGAAGGAUUCAUAUGCAGAAGCAAGACUUGAGCAAACUACAAACCAGAAAAAUGAAGGGGUUGAAGAAGCGACCUGCAGAAAGGAUAACAGAAGAAGACCGGGAGAAAAAAUCAAAGAGAAUUAAAAAAGAUUGAUGAAACUUAGCCAAUAGCUAGUUUUAUUGUAAUCUGUUUAUUUAAAGAGAAUUAUUGAGCAUCAGUUAUUUCACAGUUUCUUACAAGAUUUUAUUGUGUUUUUAUACAAUAAUAAUAAUAUACCUGAAGUGUAAAUCAUAUGUAUUAUGAACAGUAGUGUACUAUUAUUAGGUUGAAAGUAAGCCUCUUACUAGAGACAUUUUUUUUUCUCCAAGAUAUACUUAUGUACACCCAACCUGCAAAGUCCCCCAUCUCAUUGGCUGGGUGAAUGAGGAAGGAUGUCCAGAACAGCCUUUGGUAUCUCAGAAAAUUUCUGAGUUCAAAGCUUUAGAUAAAAAAAGGAAGCCUUGAAAAGUAGAAAUGGUCCAAAGAAAGUAUGACUCAGUAUGACCUACCUGGAAAGCUGUCCCCAUCUCCAACACAUACCUACAAUCUGGCUUCUAUUUUUUACUUUUCAGUUAUUUUGCCUGAAAUUCUACUAGUUGGAGAUUAAUUUGAGAUUUUAAGCUUUGUGUCAUAAAACAUAGGUCUCUAAUAGAGAUGUUUACUACCUGCUCAUAGACAUAUUACCUAACUAUUGAUUAUUUCAAGAGAUUCUGCCACUAAGUGGAGUCUUACCCCCUUCUCUGACAGAAAGGAAGUUUUAAUAGAGGGGGAGUGGGUAGAAUUUAAGACACAGGACACUUUAGGGUAUGAGGCAGUUAAAUUUAGGUCACACAAAGGGCCUUUGUGUUUGUUUGCACAUUAAGCAGAAGUAAGCCAAACAGCUUAUUUUGAAAUUUUCUUCUUUUCAGUGUUUUGGUGUUUAUGCUGUUACAAUUGUCCCGAUUUUUCCCCUUUUGGCCCCCCUCCACCCAGGCAGCUCCCCACUUCCAUAGUCAAUCCCCAUACUAUUGUCCAUGUCCAUGGGUCCAUCAUAUAUGUUCUUCGACUAAAUCCCUUCACCCUCUCUCAUCCAGACCCCACUGGCCUCCUCCCUCUCACAGCUUUCAGUCUGUUCCACAGUUCAGUGCCUCUGGCUCUGUUUUGCCCAUUAUAGUUUAUUUCCUGAAAUUUUCUUUAUUAAACCUUUUAUUUAACUUA